UGAGAUCUCGCCCAUGCAUUAUACUGCAGGAAACCCCGUCCAGUCUUCCUUUCUCAACAUGGCACCGAAGGUGAAGAAGGAAGUUGUCCCUGCCAAGACUGAGGCCAAGUCAAAGGCUCUCAAGGCUAAGAAGGCCGUGCUCAAGGGCGUACACAGCCAGAGGAAGAAGAAAAUCAGGACUUCUCCCACCUUCCGUCGCCCUAAGACCCUCCGUCUCCGCAGACAGCCCAAGUAUCCUCGCAAGAGUGCUCCUCGCAGGAACAAGUUGGAUCACUAUGCCAUCAUCAAGUUCCCCUUGACAACAGAGUCCGCCAUGAAGAAGAUCGAGGACAACAACACACUUGUGUUCAUUGUUGACGUCAAGGCAAACAAACACCAGAUCAAGCACGCUGUCAAGAAGCUGUACGACAUCGACGUCGCCAAAGUCAACACACUCAUCAG